UAUUGCAAAGCCCAACACCAUCCGAGCGGUAUGACCGUGUCACUCAUAGCAGUGCCGCAGCUAUGGGCAUUUUUGCGGGCUAAAGUCAUGUCAUCUGAGACUUUUAAUUGGGCCCGGGCCGCCACAGGGGGACAGCGGACGGCAUUCCUCCACUGCCUGCGCCCUGUGUUGCUCUUCGCUGCGUGGCUCUGUGGAUAACAUGCACAUGCCUGCGCAAACAUGAGCUGCUGGAGUCCCUCUGACUGUCACUAAUGUAUUGACGCCUUGGCUACGUGCUGGAAAACGUGAACUUUGUUAAUUACAAAAUAAUAGAGUUAUAGUCUCAAGAUAGCGGAGGUAAGCUCUCGAAGAGACAGUGGUGCCAUCUUUGCUGGGAUUUGCGCAAGGGACGUGACGGCUGAGACGCCUUUCUUCUGAAGAGACCUCAACAUUGACCUCACGGGAAGCGGACCGAAUCGGUGUUGAGGACUCACACUGCUACCUGAUUUAAAACUUUAACACUGACUUUUCUGCAUCGAAUUCUUGCUGCUUCAGCUUUGUUGUGUGCCUGUGACCUUACAAAGGGAUAAAUGAUCACCUCAACCAGAAGAGUGUCUCCUGAUAAAUCUGAAGUUAGAAUUGCCUUCAGCCUUGAUGACAACUCAGAUGUCUCAACAGAUGUAAAAGAUGUGGAGGACCUCUCCCAGAAUUUCCCAGAUCUUGAACAGCGGCUACAGCCAGUGCCUCCUUGUGUGUCUCUGAGAGAGAGCGUUCAGGUGUACAAGGAACACUGCAGGAUGGCAAGAGAGUUCCACCAGGUCAAAAAUGAGAUUGCUGUGCUCGAGGAUCGCAAGCUCAAGUUGCUGGCGGAAAUGGUGGAGGAUGAGAAGGUUGCCAUGGAGAUCGCCCGUUUAGAGGAGGAGUUUCGGCGUCUGACAGAGGAGAACCGCACCUUGGUCACAGUCCAUAAAGAGCGUGCUAAGCAGCUGGAAAGGCUCUGUGUUAACAAUCGAACGAGGCAAGACUCCUCGUGACCUCGGCCAGAACCUAAGACCACCAGACUCUAAGCUGACACCAGGGCCAGGAACCAGGAACAAAUACUCAGCUAGUCCUCGUUUUACACAGCCACAGUCUGUGAAUCAGCUAAUUACACAGAAAGCUGUGGUUUCUAUUCAUGUCUGAGUCAUUUGUUUGAACCACAGACAUGCAGUUAUCAAGUUGUUUUAGUGAUUCCACCAAGCUAUUACACACUGCCAGUUAACUGGGUACUGCUUUGUCUCUAUAUGAUCAUGCAUAACCCUCCUGGUUGCUAGUGGAAAAUCUAAAAAUACAAUAUAUGCAUACAUAGUCAGUUGCUGUGACUCUGAUAUCUGUCGUAGGUCCGGUGGAGAUCUGCUGAGGGAGCCAAAGGUGGUACGAUGUGGUCCAAGUAUUUUAUUUAAGGAGUGUUUAACCUCCUCUCCCUCUCUCCUACACCCAGCUCAUGGAUGAAUGUUUCACACACUGUCAGGAAUCUGGAAAAUAUAAAUAUUUGUGAGGAACAGAAAUAUAAUGGGUGACUAAGUAUUUCACAGUAUAUGCUGCAACACAACACUGUAAGAGUUGUACAUUUUCUUUUUUUUCUUUCUUUUUUUUUUUUGAGGUAGUGUAUGUAGUAGAAACAGGGAAAUGUACAGCAUGACGAACUGUUGGUUAUUGUCCUCAU